UCUUGUGUGUGUGGGGGGUGAAUACAUGAAUGAAACACGAGCCAGUUUCUCUUUAUCAUCCAACUAUAUAUAUAUAGGAGUGUCUCUGUCGAAAAGUUUCUUUCCCGACUUUACACGCAACUUCAGAUACGUCUACCGCCGGUCCUUUAACGAAGCAUGUUUGAAUCAAAGUCAUUCAAGUAUGAUGUUUUGCUGGGAAGAGGUGCAACUGCAUCUGUAUACAAAGGAAUAUCGAAAGUUGAUUCCCAAUGUUAUGCACUCAAAGUCUUCAAUUCCAACAGUUCCUUCAUGAAAAAAUCGAUUCAGAAUGAAAUAUCAAUUCUGAGGAAAUUGAAUCAUGAAAACAUUGUUAGAAUCUUUGCUGUUGAAUCGGAGUUUUUCUCAGAUCGAGCAGUGAUCGUGAUGGAACUUUUAGAACACGGAACACUUUUAAAUCAAUUACAAAAGCCAAAAAAUAAAUUUGGUUUCUCUGAAAGAAAGUUGCUUGGAUUAUUAAAGGACAUAAAUUCUGGAUUGAAAAUUCUCCGCCAAUUCAAAAUUGUCCAUCGUGAUAUUAAACCAAGCAACAUUUUACGGACGAUCGAUGUCAAUGGAAGGGAAAUAUAUAAGCUUUCAGAUUUUGGUACUGCUAAAAUAAUGGACGAAGACACUGAAUUGUACUCUAUUGUUGGAACUGAAGAAUAUUUGCAUCCGGCUAUUUUCCGGAAAGCUUUCAUCAGUGAUGAGUCAAGUGGAGUUAAAGAUACAGAUUCCUGGAGUUUAGGAAUCAUGCUAUAUCACGUCAUAACAGGACAUAUUCCUUUCCAAACUCAAGCUGGGUAUCGGAGAAACCGCCAACUCAGGUAUGAAAUGCUUUCUAAAAGACCCACUUCAGCAAUAUCAGCCAAUGAAACAGAAAGUGAUGCGAUUUCCUGGGAGAGAGAAUUACCAGAAACAUGCAAACUCUCAAGUAUUAUGAAGAGGAAAUUUGAGAAGAUUAUCAGACGUUUGCUUAUAACAUCCAAUGACAAUGCCAGUAUACAGGAGUACCUUGACAAAGUUGACAGCAUUUUGAAUAAAAGAGACAUAUCUAUAUUCCAGCCAUCCACUGGAAGAUUGGUCACGUGUUACCUGGAUUACAAUGCAAAAAUUCCAUAUCUGAAAGACAAAAUUGCGAAGGAAUUCAACGUUAGAUCAGAUGACCAGAUGAUAUUUUUCAAUUUUAUUGAAGUGACUUCUGAUUCCUCUACUAUUUCAUAUUUUACAUCCAAUACAAAGAAAAAGCCUUUACUUCUCAUUGAAAAAUGCCUCAUAUAUCCUGAACCAGACGAUUCAUCAUAUUUAACAGAAAUUGUACCAAGCAGUACCACGACACUUUCUUAUGCAAAAGAGGUAUGUUCUGUUCUACACAGAAUUAAGAAAGAAUUUAAAUACAAUGUCAGAAACUAUGAUCACAUCUAUCAUGCAGUUUGUGCACUGAACUCAUUAACAUUAUCAGAAAUGCGGGCGUGUGAAGAACUAAUAAAGAACUUUGAGCUUUCAGAAAUUGUAAAAGACGAGGUUCAGAAAAUCCACAAUUGUAAAACAUUUUCAUUAGAAACCAAUUCUAUUAAGGUAUACAAAAGCACCAAAGCUCAGUAUAAAGAUGUGAAAGAUCUUAUAGAUAAACUGAAAUCAAAUGAGUUUGACAAUAAAACUCUGAAUCAAAAGAGAAGCAGUUUGAAAACCAUGUAUGAAAACGCUUCACUUCGUUUUCAAAACAGUUACCAAGAAAAAUUAAAGAUAAUUAAGGAGUUCAGAGAAUGGAAAAAAAAAUACACUGAAUAAUCUGAAAGCGAUUCGAGAGUUCAGAGGGUUUAUAUUCAAACAAAUAAAGAAGAAAAUGUCAAGCCCAAAGAUUAACGGAUUUUGAAGAAAAAGAAUGAAGUAUUUAUCAUCAUUCUCCUUUAUUUAGAAGGGUCCAUCACCAAAAGUGGAAUAACGAGAGGUACACCGUGUUAGCACUGUCUUGGUGAGAAGGUGUGAUGGCUACAGGACAAGCCAUCAGUGAAGAAGGAAAUAGAGGAGGGUGGGGAGGUCAUUUGUCUCAAAAUGGUAUUUUCUUUCAACUAAUUUUUGACUGCUGAUUUUAAACUGAAAAACUGUAAAUCAUGUUUAUAAAAUAAAUUAUAUAAGUUUUUGUAAAAUAACUGA